GGGUAGGUUUAUUUUGAUAGCAACACGUGGCAAGUGAUCUCAUGCAGUUGGGGGAGUGUUCACAGGUGAUUUUACAUCAUAGCAGAGGGCCACUUGUUUAAGUGCAAGAUAUACAGUUUGGAGCGGUCUCGCAGCUUCUGUUUGGAUGAAAAGGUGCCGUGGAACGAGCCGCAGACCACAGGUGUAAAUUUACGAGGGGUUAAUCAGUCUACCGAGCUUGAUCAGUUGCAGUAACGUCGGUGUCCUCUAGGCUUUAGUGAGAAGGCCGCUAGUCACAUGAUGGCACUGACGGUGAACCUGCUCGGCCCAUCGCCCUGGGGCUUCAGGAUAUCAGGAGGGAGGGACUUCAAGAAGGCCAUAACAGUCUCCAAGGUGAACGGAGGGAGUAAGGCGGAGAAGGCCGCCCUGCAGCCCGGCGACAUCAUCUUGGAGAUCAACGGCGAGGGCACAGGCGACAUGCUGAAUGUGGAGGCCCAGAACAAGAUCAAGAACUCCCAGAAUCAGCUGCAGCUGCUGGUGGAAAGGCCUGAUCCUCCCAUCCCUGGACUGACCAAUGGGAUCACCAGCCCAGACCAGCUGAUAGGCCGCUUCCAGGAGGCAGUAGAGGUGAGCAGGGAUGAGAAUCAGAACUACAGAGAGUACACCAUCUCCAGCCCCGCGUCGAUCUCUCCAGGCCCGUACUCUCCAGAGCCCCCUGCAAGCCCCGACAGGAAGAGCGAAAGAAUCACCCCUACCAGCACCAAGAGCCUGCAGCUGCGGUCCUGGUCCCCAGAAGAGAAGAAUCCCAAUCAUCGACUCUCCAGGCCUCUCUCUCAGGAGUUCUCCUCUCCAGAUUUGCGGUUCAACUCCGUCUCCAGUCGGACCCCCACCCCCCCCGGGCGCUACUCCCCCCACAGCCCAGUGGACCGGGAGAUGUCUGUGUCCCCCAGACGCAGGAAAAACAAGCCGGCAGUCCACAGUCAUGCGUUUAAUGAUCUGACACGGGCGGCCUGCCGACACAAGCUCCAGGCCGCCAUCCGUUUCCCAGGGAAGCUGUCCCCUAGCCCACCCAAGCCCACCCCCUCAGCUGCCGGAGUGGCCGGAGCGCAGAAGUACCAAACCUGCGAGAAGUGCGGCACCAACAUAGUCACGCAGGUGGUGCGCAUCAUGGACGACCGCUUCCGCCACCCCGAGUGCUACACCUGCACAGAGUGCGGCCUCAACCUGAAGAUGCGCGGCCACUUCUGGGUGGGCGACGAGAUGUUCUGUGAGAAGCACGCCCGCGAGCGCUACACCGGGCCCGGCAGCAACGCCCCCCGACGCCACACCGUCUCCCCCCACCACUGAAGCCCCCCCAGGCCCCAGACCACCCAGGCCCCAUCACCACACCACCACCACCACCACCACCAGCGCUCCUGUCCUACUCCACACCCCCCCCCCCCCAGGGCUGGUACCCCACUGCUACAGACUCUGAGCUAUGGACUGUGGAUCAGAUGGGAGAGAAGAGGAAUGGGAGGUGGGGUACGGAGGGGUACGGAGGGGUACGGAGGGGUGGGAGUGAUGCUGUUAGACACGCCUUUGAGUUUGUAUCAAGUGCCUCUCAGCACGCAUUGAGUUUAGUCAUGGCAUUUACCUUUCCAGUAAUUGUAUAAAGGAUGAACUUUUUCUUUUUUUCCCCUUCGGUUUUUCUGUACCUGCUUUUGUUUCUAUAUCGCCCUAUCCUCGAAUGGGUGCCAUCUUGUGCUCAAAUGAGUUGUACAGUCCCAUCUUCUGCAGCGUCUAUACUCUGAACAGCCCCAGAAAGGGUGAGUUGUGUUCACAGCUGUUGCGUUUAAAAUGGCUCACAGGACUGGCUUCCUGUGGUAGAGAGCAUGACAUCCGAUGGAGUCUAUGCUCAUCAUUUAUACCUUCAUCUCCUGCACCCGAAGGGAAGGAGCAGCAUUUACCACAAACAUACAUGGAACGGAAUGAUUUCAGGGGUGUGAAGGGAGACUUUCACGAGUGUGUGGUGCGUGUGUGUGCGUGUGCGUGUGCGUGUGCGUGUGCGUGUGUGUGUGUGGUGAGUGUGUGCAUGCGUGCGUGUGUAUGUUCUAUCUGUUUAAAAUGAGUCAGGAUUUUGGGUCAUUGCUUUGAAGGGAUGAUUAAGAUGCCAUUGUAGUUGCUUCUUUGCUUGUUGUUUUUCCCUCUAAAAGGCAUUUGAAAAGGUUGCUUGCUUUAAGUUAGCAGUGCACAACACAUUUAAGAGUGGUGUUCUUUCCUUUCACAGACAUUAAACAAGGGAAUAUAUCAGACAAAAUAUGUCAUUAUAUGUAAAUAUGUAUUUUCCCAUAAACGAUAUGUAUUAGAUUUCUCAUUUAUUUGUGUGAGCAGGGUUUGCAUGUUUUUCUUUGUGCGUGUUCUUUGCAUAUUUCUUUUUUUAGGAUUGUUGGUGCUCGGAUGCAUCCUCUUCCCAUGAGGGGACAGUGCCUUCGCCAGGAACACUGAAGUGGAUUUUUUUUUUUUUUUUUACACAUCAUUUUCAUUUGUUAAAACACGAGCAUACGAUUCCUUUUCUGAAACCCAGAGCACCGUUCUAGUGGUGCUCUCGGCACCCACUGAAACUAGUGAUGAAAGCAGUAGCCUCUGUGCCAAUAUACUACUCCUACGCUUCAAAUAUACAAGUUGUUGAUACCUA